UCCGCGAUCAGGAUCAGGGGGCGUAGGUUUGACCGGCUUGUGUGGAGGCUCAGACACAAUGAACCGUCGGUGGGCUGGGGACACGCGUUUUGGGUCGGCGGUAUUGGCACAAUUUUAAGCACAUUUUUAGUACCUUUGUGCCUUUCUUUAUAUCAAUCGAUGACUGCGGGACUCCUGACGCACUGUAUGGCGGUUACAAUGUUCACUUGGGAAGUGCUGCUUCGUCGAGUUUGAUGAAAACGAGGUCGGGACCAGACUACAGUUAGCCCCUCCUGCUUUAUUUAUUUUUUUGCUAGCUAAGGCCGACUUAAACGAGGAAACAACAACAAUGUCGGUCACCGCGUCCUCUGAUUAUUUCGCUGCCGAGUGUUUGGUUUCAAUAUCGAGUGGCCCAGUUUUGCACAGACCCACCCCUGUGGCUCUCGUCGCCAGCCAGCCGACCGCAGCGGGCCUGCUCCCGGGGGAGCACGACGGGUCGAGUGAGGACCGAGAAGUGCGGGAGACCCUGAGGCUGGAAGGAGCCAACAUGAUGACGGUGGCCGGUAUUCUCACCGACCUACACGGCAAGUUCCGGCCCAUGUCGGCCUACUCUGAGAGCAGCAACUCGUCGUGUGGUGGGGAAAGCGGUUACACCACGUUGUCCGACCCCACCACCCCUACAAUGACCCCCUCCGCUACCCCGGUGCCCGGGCAGCAGCAGCAGCCGAGGGGGGGAGCAGCAGGAGGCGGCGGCGUGGGGGCCCCUCGAUCCCCUGUUAAGAGACACCAGUGCACUUUUGACGGAUGCGACAGAGUUUACGGGAAAUCAUCCCACUUGAAGGCACACAUCCGAACCCACACAGGUGAGCGGCCCUUCCCGUGCACCUGGCCCGACUGCGAGAAGAAGUUUGCCCGCUCCGACGAGCUGGCCCGCCACACGCGCACACACACGGGAGAGAAGCGCUUCCUGUGCCCGUUGUGCGAUAAGCGCUUUAUGCGCAGCGACCACCUGAUCAAGCAUGCCAGACGUCACCCCGAUUUCCACCCUUCCAUGUUGGGGCGCAACAAGGGCAUGUGCCCUUCCAACCCAGCUGUCCAACAUUAGGUUACUGGGGUCGCAGGGGGGGUAAACCAGCUACUACCUGACCCAUUGGUGAAAGUUAUGCAUUAUGUAGUACUUAAAAGGUACCCACACACAUAAAACUACAGCGCAGCAUGGGAGGGGCAAAUAGCAUUAGCUCUCCAGCCACAGGGGAGUCAUGUGACCGGGUUGGGUGUCAUCGGUUGGUCCUGAAUUGGAAUCAGCCCCAAAUCUAUAACCGCAAAUUCAAUGUGCUUUUCGAUUCCACUUAUCGAAUCCUGAAGUAAGUUGGGUCUAUUGCACUUUUCUUUUUCCAAAAACGCCAUUUUUCAAAUGAUUCAGACCAGAAGUGCAGUGUUAAAUUCCAGCAUGGCAAAGCGAGUUUUCUUAGGGCGCGGGAAUGUUCCAACGAGACAACACCAUUGGUUUGUUGCAUUUUGUCAUAUAUGAUUUUCUAUGUCCAGUUUGGGACAUAAUUGGUCUGCUGGAAAGAUCAUUCACCGAAAUCACCAGCAAAUAAUGUGUUGCUCUAUCGAGUGUAUACUUACCGUUAUCUUUUAGUCGAAAUAAACCACACCGCUCAUCAUUUUGUGUUAAGAUUUACUCAUAAUAAAUGAUUUUUUGAAUUUUCAAACAAUAUUUUGGGUUUCUUUCCUCACUCAGGAGCCGAUGAGAAUUGGAAUCGAAAAAGCAGAUAUGAAUUGAUUAUGUAAACCCAACCCUAAAGAAAUAAGAACCACCUUUUUUUCUCAGACUUUCACAAACUGCAGGGAAUUUUUUGUUUGUUUUUAUUAGAAAUCACCCCCAAACAACCCAAAUCUCCUCUGAUUUCAUGUGGUUCAUUUGUAAAUUGUUGCCGUGCUCUUCAGUAGCACGAUAUUGUAAUGUUAGCUAGCACGGCAGCCCUUAGAUUCUUCAUUCUAUUUUUUUUUUUUUUUUUAGCUUUGCCAAUUCCAUGUUUUGCAAAUUUUAGUGGUGUUACAUUCCUUUUUUUUUAAAAUUGCAUUUAACGCAUCACCUUAGAGGUUAUUACCCUUUAUAUGAAAUUUAACCUUAGAACAAAACUUACUUUGGCCAUAAAGUGGCUCAAGCUUCACUGUAGAAGAGCUGUUUGCACGCCAUCCUCAAGCCUACAUCAUUUAUCAGCCAGGAAAAGGCUGACACAUAAUACACUCGUAUUAUGUCUAAUAACGAUGCAAAUGUAUAUAAGCUUUAAGCUUUUCAUGUAGAAGUAUAAUGCAACUAGCAGCAGAAGUAAUACAUGUGAUGUAGUCCUUAUAUUUGG